AUGUCAUUCAUAUUUAAACGACUAAUCAACACAGCAACGAAGGACUACUUCAAGGUCUUUCCAAAGACGUUUCCUGAGCAGCGGCCAACCUUCAAGGUGGACCUACGGAAACUACGCAAAGAGUACAGAGGAUUGCAGGCCAUCAACCACCCAGAUCUCAACCAAAAACUGAACCAAGAAGAAGGGGCUUCUUCUGUGAUCAAUCAUGCUUAUAACACUCUGAAGAGCCCGCUGAAUAGGUCACAGUAUUUAUUGAAGCUAUUGAAGGGGUACGAUGUUGCCGAAGAUGAGUUUUUCAGAACCCGGCAAAUGGCGGAUAAGGAGCUAUUAAUGACGAUUCUGGAGAUCCACGAGGAACUGGAAAAUGCGAACGAAAAUGACAUCGAAGGACUCAAACAGGAAAAUGAUGCCCGGAUUCAGGAAACGGUCCAAGAACUGGAGAAGUUGUAUGAGGCUGAAGACUAUGAUGCUGCAGCUCUUGGUACGAUCAAGCUCAAAUACUGGGUCAACAUAGAUACGGCUUUGAAAAACUGGGAGCUAGGUAAACCUGUUGAGUUGACACAUUAA